AUGGAGAUGGUCGUUGUCGAUGAACUGAAUCAAACUAUGCAUGUUAGUAUGAAGAACCAGUUCAUCAAAAAAUUUGAAAAUCUUCUAGAGGAAAGAACUACUAAGAUCAUCACUAAUUUUCAAGUCACUCACAACGGUGGUAAGUUCAGGACUACCUCUCAUGUUUACAAGAUCCAGUUUGCUGCCACGACGUCUGUCAGACCUUCUGAAGAUCUGGAUGCCACAAUUCUUGGGUUGAAGUUUGUGAACUUCACUGAUAUUCAUGAUGGCAAGUUGAAUCCUGAUUUUCUAAUAGAUAUUGUUGGACAAAUUGUUAGUAUUGGCGAGGUUGAAAUUCUCAACGUUAACAAAAAACAGACCAAACGUCUAACAAUGACACUUCGUGACACCAGAAAGUUUGGAGAGUGUUGCUACACAUGCAACCAAUGCUACCAUUUGUUUCGUGUUAAUAUUUGGAAAGUUAAGAUUGUAUCAAGCUUACUAAAAGAUGAUGUGACUUUGUCAUACACACACCCUAACCAAUUGACCAUUGUCAAUUCUGUUUUUGUAAGAGAUGAUUUCUUCUUACAUACCCCUCGCCGGACAAUAAGUGAAAUACUUGGUGCAUCUGAGGUGCUUCCUCUUGAUAUGGAUUUGUUGAAGGAGCAAUAUCCUAGUAGGCCAUUUCCUAAACAGUUAUGGAUAUGUGGCAAAUAUAAGGAUGAUGUUGAAAGUGUCGUACCAGCGUUUAUGCUGACUUUCCGUGUUAUGGACAACACUGGUGAAACAAAGUUUUUAAUCUUUGAUAAGCUUGCCAUGGAAGUUGUAAAUCAAACAGCUGCACAAUUGGCUGAAUCUGUGGAAGAGAUCCAAGAUCUAGAUGUAUUACCUCUUCCAAUUAGUAACAUUUGUGGGAAAACUUAUCUGUUCAAGCUAUCUAUUGAGAGUUCAAACCUCGUUUUCAAUAGUGAUGUUUACAAAGUUACAAAGAUUGUGACCCAAAGUGACAUGGUCAAAGAAUUAUCAGAAAUAUCCGGAUUUUUGACUACCCCUGAUGUCAAGUCUGAAGAAAUGGGGUUUAUAACUCCCGAUGAACAGGUUCCUAAGAUGUUACUUGACAGUGGCGACGAUGAUAAUUCACCACAGUCAAAAAGGAAAAGCGAUGAGAUGAUUGACUUUGAUGAUCAUAAUGGAGAGCAGUCUACUUCUAAGAAAGCUUUAAAUGGGGACAUGAAGACUGGAUCGAGUGAAGAAAAGAUUUCUCUAAAGCCUGUUAAGAAGGAGAAAGUUGAUGACUGA